GUUGUUGUUUUUUUGUUGCAAAUGCUUAAAUGAUUUCUUACAGUAUCUUAAACAAGUCUCUUAAACAAUGUAUGUUCUAUUCAUGCAACAUUUUAAAACCAGUGUCACAUAAUUGAAAAGAAAUGUUUCUGUGUCUUGUUGUAAAUCUCCACAUCAGGCUCAUUGUCUUCUUUCCUUGACAUCAUGGGAUGGGAGUAGUAUCUUUGUGAGCCUGUAAAAAUGUGAGCGUGACCACCUCAUUACCUGAGCAAUAAAACAUUACAGCCUGUAGUGCAGUGUAAGCGAUGCCAGCGAGCAGAGUCCACCAGCUCCUGUCCCCAGUUUCUGUGGAUAAUCAUCAAAGUUCUGACCAACAACAACUGGUGACCAGGGACGAUGCCUUCAGGGAAGACGGUCAAGCUCAUCCUGUAUGAGGCGCUGCAGUUUGCUGCCCUCGUCACGCCUGUGUUUGUGAUAAUGGAGAGGUUUGCCAGGCUCGUACGUGAUGUCAGGAGCGGGGAUCACACCGCGUAUUGGCUGGUGGUGGCGGUUUCCAUCGCCUAUGUGACCUCUGUGACCCUGCUGGUGUGGGUUCCUCUCAAAUAUCUGCUCCUGAGGCAGCGGGGCUUCAUGGCUGAGAUCACACUGUGGAGGCCGGCAGCGCUGGCGUAUCUUGUCCUCUGUACGUUUCCUUGCUUUGCUAUUUUGAUCACCAGCUCCAAGGUGCAGGUAGAUGGAGGACACAGGCUGGACCAUUUUGCUGAGUUGCCUGUUUCUCUGCUGCUCUUCUGUCUCAUCUGUGUGGAUGUAAUAGAAAGGAUUCGCCCCUGCAAACUCACUGGACCAUCAGACUCCCUGGAUCCUGACCUUGAAUAUCCAGGCCCUGUCCUUACAAACCUGGAACAGGUGACCACUGUCUCAAGCCAACUGCGUCCCGAUGAAGGCCAAAACGGGUUGAACCCAGUCCAUUCGGAGGUCAAAAAUGGCAUCACCCCAGGCAGGCUGCAGCGCUCCAAUGCCUCACCCAGCCAACCAACUCCCAGCUCACGGGCACCAAGCACCGCCUACCUGUACUCCUCAUCCUUACGUCCGAGAUCCUACUCUGGGCAUCUGAGCUUCCUGUGGAAGAAGGAUGGGAGGUCAGAGGUAUUUGUGGAAACAUUCCUGUUCUGGUUGGACACAGUGGAGAUGGUGAGAGUUGCUGGAGAACCAGCAGUCUUCUACACAGUCUGGGUGUUUCCUCUCUAUAUUCUGAGCUUCCUGUCCACUCUUCGUAUGAGCAUCACUCCUGACAACCCUCUGUUGUCAUUUGCCGGAGUGGUGCUGCAGGACCUUCCAUUCCUUGUCCUCAGGAUUGCUCUGAUUGCCGUGUUUGGUCAUGUGACACCUCUCUUAUACCUGCUGAAAAACACUCUGGUGACCUUGACUUUUAUCUACUUCACAUAUUUGACCAGGUUAAAGUUAUUCAGAAGGCGCAGCAUGUUUUAAGGAGGAUGUGGCAGAUUGAAUGUUGGAGUUUUAACAUGUGGUGUAUUUAUGGGUUUGUGUCUAUCAUAAAUAGUUAUGCAUGCAAUAAAUUGUAAUCCAACCAAAUGGAACAUUAAUAGGUUUUACAUUUUAAAACAAAUGUCUGAGUGUAAAAUAAGUCAACUGUUCCUGUGACAUACCUGAAGUAUUUAUUGAAUCUGUAAUUUCUUUGUUUCCACAACUUUUUUCUUCUUUCUCAUAUUUCUAGCAAAAUGUUUAAUGUAAUGCAAUAAAUGUGGAAAUAUAGUGUAGACCAAAACAUGGUAAGACAUGCCAGUAAAAACCUGUCGUUUGCUGUGGUAGUUUCUUCUAGUGUAGUAGUAAAUCAGAGCUUUUACAUGAUUAAAAUCUGUAACAGCUUUAAUAUAUCAUCUUCAAAUUCUCACUGUGUUUUGACAAUUUCACUUUUUUUAUGGCUAACAAUUUUUUGACCCUGAACAUUAACUAUGCAUUAUUCACUCUAAUCAAUUGUCUAAAUAUUUAUGUUAAUUAUGUUAUGUUAGUUUUUAAUUAAAAAAUAUGCUUGCAGAAAACAUCCUAACAUUGGGAAUUUAAUAGAUGUCAAAUAUGUAUUUAUAGCCACCCUAAAUGUGGCAAGAGGACUUUUUCUAAUUGAAACUUUUAUUA